AUGUCUGCAAAAUCUGCAGAUUUUGAGGAACCUUUCAGACCUCCUCGACACCCACCAGGACCGACCGACCGAAGUCAGACAUCGAGACCAGACCGAAACACGCACACUGCAAGCAGCAGGUGUAACAGUCGAGUCGGAAGGCAUCGAGGACAUAUAGUCAUCAGCAAGGGUGGAGAUUCUGUGGCUCUUAUAAAGAGUUUAGAAAGGAGACGUCUACUCUAA